AAUACUACUACUGAAAUCGGCGACGCUGUGUAUCGACUGCUGUAUUUAAAAUACUUCAAGUCAAGAAAGUGUACUGCAUGAUUGUGUUCUCGGUGUCAAAAUAUUGAGCAAAAGAUGUGUUCCCACAAUGUCUUCCCUUUUCUGAAAAGUAUAUGAUGGCAGAAGAACGGUUAGGCUAUGUAUUUCACGGGGACCACAAGAAGAUUCCUCUCUAGUCCUGGGAUCCUGACUGUGCAAAUUGAUGUUGCUAGAAGAGCCGCUACAAAACAUUUUACCAUGUCUUCCAAGACUUUGCUGAAGCAAACUGACAAACUGUUAAGCGAGAAACAAUACAUGAAACAGCGGGCUGGAGCGACUGUGUCGUGUGUUGAGGACCCUGGAGGAAGUGGCGCUGUGGAGGACUGUGAGGAUCCGGUUGUUGUGUCAGAUAGGAAACUGUUGUCUUUCAUACGGUUUGUGAAGCUGGAUAGACUGAGUGCUGAGGAGAGGCUGAUUCAUGAGAAGCACGUGGAAGCUCUGAGGGAAGGCCAGGAAAUGUACCGUGACCCAAGCACCGGCUACGAUGUCAUCACGCGGCUGUCUCACCUCCGGCGGGGCCACUGUUGUGGUAACGCGUGUAGGCAUUGCCCAUAUAGUCACAAGAAGGUCCCCAAGGAACUAAGAACAAAGACAUUCAACUCUGCUUUCUUCAUUUGACUUGUAUCAUUUGACUGUUGUUGACCCUGAUCUUUGUGAUAUAAAGCCUCUUUGACAUAUCGCCAUUGCAA